GGCCGGCUGGCUUUGGUGCGUUCAGAGGUACUCGUCAGAGGUUGACGUACGAUCCACCCACGGCGGCAGCCCAAUUGCUGACACAGCCGUGGCCUAUACCUAGGCAUAUACCGGUAAGGUAUAUUCUGGAGUAUGGUUUGGGGCAAGCAUCGGCCAGUUACGCGUCUGACCAGCUUCGGACAUUCCCCAACCUCUGUCCUCCCCGACCGCCGACGCCAUCUCGGUCCCGACGUCGCAGCCAAAGCGUACACUCACGAGUCUUCCUCUUGUUCCCCCUCCUUUUUCUUCCUUCUCGAUAGGUCGGGGCGCCGCGGGGCGGUUCUUGUUGGCUGAGUCGCCACCGCCCUUCCACCACAGACAUGUCGCUCCCUCUCAGCUUGCCCAAAUGCUGACGGCCCCUCUACCUGACACCGAGGGGCCAUGCACGGCCUGCCGCUGCCGCGCAAGCUCGACGUGCCCCUUGGCCCCCCCGGCCCCUCGAGCGGCUCUCUUUGCUUCUGUCCGGCCGACUAGCGGCUGCGAUCAGGCGCCUGCCGAUCACUUGUCACUGCGCUGGGUCCGUACACAUGCCCAAGUGCCGGACCCGCAUCUCAUGGCGCUGCAGUCACACCACGGCUGCAUGGUUCUCCCUCCCUGUUGGGCGGUGCCAUUCCCAGCUGUGUCUCCUGUCUCGGUCCCGACAGUGGGGCUGAAGGUCACAACGAGGGGAGCUGACGAGUCCUAGUUGCAAUGAUGGGGCUGGACGAGCCUCGCGGUUGUGUGAGGCCGUCUUUCCUGCCAUUCCCUUGUGCCUAUGACAUGGCUGUGAGCCCGCAUUGUUUAUAAACGGGCUUGACCUUUCUCGUUCUGGUCCUGGCCUCAUGCACUUCUUGGAGUACAAGAACCCUUCCCGCAUACGCGCCCUCCCCUUGUUCGACCUCAAGUGCUCCUCGGGUCAACACAACUUGAACGCCACGCAUAACUCGUGCAGAGAGUAACACCGCCCGGCAUAAGCCCACCAAACAUGAAGACAGCCACCCUUGCAGCUCUCGCCGGCGGGGCAGCCGCCCAGUGGUGGGGAGGCGCUCCUGACUGCGCUCAAUCCUGCCUUUCGUCCCACUGGUCAUCUCAGACAGCAUCAGGAUCGGCUUGGCCGGAACCCACAGCGUACUGCACCGCCGACACCAACUCGGUCGGCUCGUGCCUGUCCAGCGCGUGCACCGCGACGCCGACGGCGUGGUCCUCGUACUCGUCCGCCUCUUCCAGCAUAUGCUCCGCCUGGUCGUCCUGUUCCAGCGUUGGUUCGACCGGUGUGUACACCGCGUCAUGGCCCGGCCCCUCAGGCAGCUGGGGAGGGAACGGUGGGUUCGGGGGAAAGGGCGGGAAUGUCUGCGAGUUCCAGGGGAGCCCUUGGAAUGGUCCAGGUGGUGAUGGCGACGACGCUGGCUGGGGUGGCUGGGGCGCUUGGGGUCAUGGCUGGACCUGGACCACGCGGGCCACCACCGUCACCCAGACGGUCACGGAAACAGACGGUUCCGUUGUCGUUACCACAGGCCUUGCACAGGUCGCCGAGGCUGUCAGCGGUGACGUGACGAGCACCACGACCCUGACCGGGAGCGCCGCCAGUGCUACCGCAUCGGCCAGCUCCACAGGCUCCGGUUCGACCUCCGGCGCCGGGGCCAGUACCAAGGUGGACCGGGGCGUCAUUGCCGCUGGUGCUCUCUUGGGAGGCCUGGUUGGUGUGAUGGCUGUCUUGUAAAUUGGGUAGGCUUGGCUCACAACGGGGAAUAUUUGGUAUGGAAACGUGGGAGACGAUGUGGGGGAGAUCCGACGAUGCGUCACGGCUAGACCAGGGUUAAUGACUUGUUUAUGAUGAGGCACAGCUUGAGAGUCUUGGAAUGCACGAAUCGAAUUGAAUCAG